AUGAAAGGCAAGACGGUCCUCGUCACAGGUGGUGGCCGUGGCAUUGGAUUUGCCGUCUGCAAGGCUGUCGCCCAAAUGGGUGCCAACGUCGCGAUAAUUGACACUCUAGAAAAACCGGUGGAUGAGUUUUCAGGGCUCGAAGAAAGCUUCGGCAGCAAAACGAUGUAUCAGCAAGCCGAUGUGACAAAGCAAGACUCUCUUGAAGCAGCGUUCCGCAACGUCGUUGAUAAUCUUGGCGAAAUCCAUGGCUGUGUGCCAGCAGCAGGGAUAGCCAUAGACAAACCGUUCUUCGAUCACCAGUGGGAAGAGUGCCAGCGAGUCCUAGCGGUAAACACGCUCGGAACCUUUUGGACGGCCAAGCUUGCGAGCCAGCAUAUGGCCCAGCAUAAAAAAGGCGGAUCCAUAGUGAUGAUCGCUAGCAUUGCUGCACAGGGAGUCAGGGUUCCUCUUCAGAAUAUCUCGAUCUACAACAUGUCGAAGGCUGCCGUCAAAGGCCUGGCCGGACCUCUUGCUGUUGAGAUGGGUCCACACAAGAUUCGUGUCAACACGAUCAGCCCGGGUAUCAUUCUGUCGCCCAUGACGAGUGCUCUGAAGACGCAAUAUCCAAAGCUGUUGAAUAUGUUCGAACAUGCAGCACCUGCAGAUCGGAUAGGAGUUCCAGAGGACCUUACGCCAGCUGUUGUUUAUCUUCUCAGCGAUGCCGCGUCGUUCACGACUGGCACCGACAUCGUCAUUUCUGGUGGUAUCCACGCUGGAACCUCGAUGGCAUGGACGGAGCGAUCGCUGGGGUAA